AUGGAAAGAAACGCGCAAUAAAUAAUCAUCAAAAAGAAACUUCGAUUACUAUUUAAGACUCGAAGGCAAGAUUUCUUAAUACAUAACAAAUCUUUGUUAACGGAUGACUUCUAUGUGAAAAAUUAUUGUCAUCAGAUUGAAAGAUUGAUAAAAAACAUUAUUUCAUAAAAAUAAGUGAGAUUCUCAUAGGAUGUAUAGGUAGCCACAAAUAAAAGCCUAAUUAAUAAUAGAAUAGUGAUUGGGGGUUAUUGGCCAUUAGCUAUGGAAUUAAACCUGGUUCCCAUUUUGAGGUAUUUUAAUGAUAAACUCUUCAAUAUUUGUCUGCCAAUCGUAGUUGCUCCAGGUUAACCAUUAAUAUUCAGGAAAUGGAGUCCAGGUGAUUAGCUAAUUUAAUAAGGAAAAUUGAAAGUAUUUGAACCCAAAGAUGAUUAGGAAUUACUAAUCCCUGAUGUACUUUUGGUACCAUUAGUAGCUUUUAACAAUAAAUGCCACAGACUAGGCUAUGGAGGAGGCUUUUACGAUAGAACUAUUCACAAACUCAGAAUCACAGAAAAAAGGGAAAUUCUUAAAAUUGGCAUGGCGUUUGAGGCAUAGAAAAUACAGAUUGAUAACUCUUUCACAGAUGAAGAAAAAGCUCUACUUUCAGAAUUCUAAACUGAGGAGACAGAUGAAUAGUUGGAUUAUAUUCUUACUGAGACUUAACUGUAUAGUAAUAAAAAUAUAAAAAGUAUUGAAGAUAGUGAAUAUUUAUCUUUUUGA